AUGUUCUCACCUGUGAUAAGUCGAAAGCUUUGGAUACGAAUCGACUCGGUUGAUGAUGAGCUCAAUCAGCCAACAAUGGUUGAUUUCGAUGAUAGUGAUACUAUUGACGAUUUUAAGACAAGGCUUUUCUCAACGCUUAAUAGUUCUCGAUGGCAAGAUGUUAAUGAUAAUGCCUCUAUUGCCAUAGGGUUUUAUAUUAACAGAGGACAACAUUUCAAUGGUUUCAAUCACGAUAAGAACUCUUAUUUGAGUGCCGUGCCACAAAACAGUGGUCUAGAUUCACCCAUAUUAUCACCUAUACAGAAAAAAAGACUCCCGACAAGGGAGGAAUCCUCCUCAACAUUACAAUCAUUCACGAUCAACAAAGACUAUCAAGGUACUCCUCAUGUAUUUUCACCUAACACCAACACUACCUUGGAGAGUGGUAUCGGUAUCAAUAGCGCCUCUGAUCCUACAAUGCUUGGUAGUCCUCGAUUACAAAUUACCAGUCCUAGAGAACUUCAGGCUCAAAAACUUCCAUUAAAGUUGAAUAUGAACUUCUGCAACAAUAACCAUCAACAUAUGAAGGCUCCACAACCUUUUUCCCCAUACCUACCGACUAAUAAUCCCUUUCUACCGACUUCCCCAUUUUCUACAUCACCAACUACAUUUAACCUUGUAAGAAGCACAUCAAAUCUGAAAUAUUCCAUACAUCCAAUUGAUGACCACAUUUCUAGGGUUAUUUUUGACCCUGACGAACUAGUCGCGAAUAUAUACACUGAGCUAUUUGGACCCAUGUACCAACAAGCAUUGAAUGAAGCAUUAGUUGUUUUCAGUAAUGAAAAUUCGUCAAUUCAUGAAAAUACCAUAGUGAAAGAAAUACCUGGUCCAUUACAAUCCGAUGUUUCAGUAGGUUCAAGUGCUCAAAUUCAUCAUAAUUCCGAAGCGGCGGAUCAAGAACGUUCUUCGCCAGAUGGUACAGAGGAAGAUCAGAUUUAUAGAAUUGUCACAAAUGAAGAAGAACUACAACAAGUGAAGUCACAUUAUAAAACAGUUGACAGAGAUUACGACCCUAAUUCAGCUAAAUUAGCUGGUUCUGAUGAUCUACUGGAAUCUCCUAAACAAGCCAUUCUUUUAUUGCCCAAGAAUUAUAAGACAAAUGAUGACCAUUUUUCAUCAUUGAAAUCCUCACCAGUAAGUCAUUCUGCCACACCUGCUAGUGUUUUGGAUUUAUCAAUUGAUGUGGACCACUCGAUAUUCGAACAAAGUAAACAAGAUAAUGGUGAUGGAAGAACAUCGCAUUCACCGCCUGAUGAAAAUACCUCUAGAAGACCUGUCUCUCCUUUAAAUGAGGCAAUUGAACAUACUAGGCCCCUGCGUAUAUCGACCUCAGGCUUUACUCUAACGUCAGCUACAACUACAACUGAAAAAGUUUUUCCCAAAAUCAACGUCUUAAUAGUCGAAGAUAAUGUGAUUAAUCAGGCCAUUUUGGGUGGAUUUUUAAGAAAGCAUAAAAUCUCUUACAAAGUAGCAAAAAAUGGUAAAGAAGCAGUAGAGAUGUGGAAAAAUGGGGGGUUACAUCUUAUCUUUAUGGAUUUACAACUACCUGUUCUUUCUGGUAUUGAUGCAGCUAAGCAAAUUCGUGAUUUCGAAAAGGAAAGACCUUCGUGUGCACCGGUCAUCAUUGUUGCAUUAACCGCAUCAAAUUCGGCUGAAGAUAAGAGAAAUGCAUUGGUUUCUGGUUGUAAUGAUUAUUUAACGAAGCCAGUUAAUUUACAUUGGCUUAGUAAAAAAAUUACGGAAUGGGGGUGUAUGCAAGCAUUAAUUGACUUUGAUAGUUGGAAACAAGGACAGAGUAAGUUGGCUGAUAGCAGUCUGAAAUAA